AUAGAUCUAUAGCAAAUAAAAUGUCGAACGAGCUUUAUGCCAACCCCGAGCUCCGACGCUGGGCAGAGAUUCGAACGUCGCUCUGGGCCACGCAUAUAUUCGGCCUCUUUGCGUUCAUGCAACUCGGACAAUUGACGCAUGGGACCGGCAAAACAUCUUACAUCCUUUGAUCUUUUCCUUCAGCCCUCUACUCUAUCCAUCACAGGUUGCCGUUGCCUUGCCGCUGGUAACACGGAACCUGCUCUAUCGCAAGAAUCAAGGCUAUACGUACUAUAUAUGCGGAGCCUUCGGGAUGUACGCCAAACGCGUUAGCUUCGAGGACGAGACGAAGAACUAUGAUGAUAGCUCCGAGCGCCUUGGACCAGCCCUGUUACUCGACAUUUUCAAACCGCGGUCACAUUUGCGGAAGACACCAUGGUCCAAACAGAGGGUAUUCGAUAUCACCGUACUGUUGUGUUCUGCCUUUCAAGCAACAUCUACAUCGGUACUCUACACGAGACGAUGUGCUCGGCAGGACACUGUACUCUUGGGCGUAGAUCACCGCAUUGGCACAAUGGCUAUAGGAUCGUCAAUUGCUUGUAUUGUAUGCCUCAUUCUCGUGGCAACAGGCUGGGACUGGGAAGACAGACUGUGUGCCCCGGGAGAGCCAGGGCUUGCACCAGGGCCGAAAGUGAACGAUUAUUUCUACGGGUCGUUGUACCAGUUCGGUUCCGAUGUCGACUUACGUGGUACCCCCAAUGUCACCAAUAAACACCUUUUAGACUGGGCUUUUGCCCUUUGCAUCCACCUCAUCCAUCUGGGUUACUUCGGCCGCUUCUUUCCCUCGUUCCAACGCAUCUCGCAUGAUUUCGAUGGCAGAUCGGCUGCCGCCAUGUUCCUAACCAUUGUUCUGCCGGUCCUCAUUAUACUUCCUCUGUUUCUUCAAUUCAUCAUGCAAAACUUAUUUUUCAGAAUAUGGCUUCGGUUCAGGGUUACCACUGGAUGGAAGUCUAAACUUACUCGAAUACUUGCUUGCCUCUUUAUGGUAUACGUCACUGUUUUGACGAUCAGGUCGGAAAUAUUAAAAGUGGACGAGGUGGUCAAGAUCAAGGCCACAAACGCAUGAAAUGAGAAUUGGGCUUGGAAAGAUCCAUUGGCUGAUGUACUGUGGCCGUUUUGAGCCAAUACAGCCCCUCAAUCAGUUGUAUAUGGUUGUCAUCAUUUCUCCGGAUCAUCGGAUACGCUGACGAAUGUCUGUGGCAACUAUCUGCCCUCAACAUGUAUUCUUGUAUUUAC